AUGAGGGACUAUGAAAAGCAACCUGAUGUUUCAGCCAUAAACAGUUCAGAUGUAGGAGCACCUGGUCGUGAUGACAUUAUAAAAAACUUGACGGAGGAGAGAGACAUGUUGAAGAGAAAACUGAAUAUCUUUGGAGGAUGGCUGUAUUUCAAGGAUAGUUUUUAUUACAUUUUUCCGGUUAAGAAACCCUGGCAAGAGAGCCAAGAUGACUGUCGGCAAAGAGGUGCAGACCUGGUGAUUGUUAACAGCAGAGAAGAACAGGACUUCUUAAGAGAAUUCAGAAGGGUCACAUGGAUCGGGCUGAGUGACAGAGAGACAGAAGGGACGUGGGAAUGGGUGGAUGGGACUUUACUGAACAAAAGCUUCUGGAAAACUGGAGAACCAAACAAUUAUGGUGGCCGUGAUGAGGACUGUGGAACAAUACAGAACUAUGAACAAUUUAACAACUGGAAUGACACUCCUUGUAAAAGUGAAAACUUUUGGAUCUGUGAAAAAAUAGUGGACCACUAAGAACCCAUUGAGCCUUCCAGACCGCAAGAUGACACAACAUACUAUCUGCCUGUUUUGAUCAACCUUUUCAGUGGAGACAUUUGGCAAUUAAAUUAACUUCACUGUUUCAUUUAUUAGUUGUUAUUGUUUAUCGAUAUACAACAUAAGAAACUUAGAGAGUCUUCUUUUCUGUUUGAGAAUUUAACUUCCUCUUUGGAGAUCCAGGCGUGGAGUUGAGGUAUGGCAGUGGGUAUGAUGGUGCCCCUGUCGGCCAUCUUGUCCACAGUUGGGUACUCUUGGGAUUUUCAAAAAAAAGUUGUCCCCUGGCUAAAGCUGUCUGCGAAAGUGUCCCCAGUUUUACAGAAAAAAACAGACUACGAUUAUUUUGGUAGCUGGUCGCUCUGCUAUUGACAUUACAUAGUUUGAAUAUGAAUACAUAUGUAAAAAUAAAUGAAAUCGUAAUUGUC